CAGGAGGCGGGCUGGCGGCGUCCCGGGAGCCAUGGAGCGGGACCGGGGAGAGAUGGUGUCUGCCUUCUGCCACAAAACUUCAUCUUUAGAACGGGUGGAGGAGGAAGGUGAUGAUGAUGAGGAGGAUGAUGAAUUGGACAUCUUUGGGGGUUAUGACAGCCUCACUUGCUACAACAGCAGCAUGGGCAGUGACAGCAGCUCCUGUCUGGAGGAGUCUAGCGAUGAUGAGGUGGCAGAGCGGGAAGCUGGAGAGCUUUCGACCUCUCCAAUGCACCAGCCAUCCACAGGCCGGCUCACAGAAGACAGUGCCUCCGAGCCAGCUGUGUGCGAAAUGUGUGGGAUUGUGGGCACCAGGGAGGCUUUCUUCUCCAAGACCAAACGUUUCUGCAGCGUCUCCUGCUCCAGAAGCUACUCCUCAAAUUCCAAAAAGGCCAGCAUCCUGGCCAGACUGCAGGGGAAACCACCAACAAAGAAAGCUAAAGUUCUGCACAAAGCAUCCUGGUCAGCCAAGAUUGGGGCCUUCCUCCAUUCACAGGGCACGGGACAGCUGGCAGAUGGGACACUGACUGGUCAGGAUGCACUCGUCCUGGGCUUCGACUGGGGAAAGUACCUGCAGGAGCACGGCUACAAGGCAGCUCCUGUCAGUUGCUUCAAACACGUGCCGCUCUUUGAUCAGUGGGAUGAUGUGGUGAAAGGUAUGAAAAUGGAAGUGCUGAACAGUGAUGCUGUUCUCCCCAGUCGUGUGUACUGGAUUGCAUCUGUCAUCCAGAUUGUAGGAUACAGGGCCCUUCUGCGAUAUGAGGGCUUUGAGAAUGAUGCUGGUCAUGAUUUCUGGUGUAAUUUGGGCACAGUGGAUAUUCACCCCAUUGGCUGGUGUGCCAUCAACAGCAAAAUUCUCGUACCACCACAAACUAUCCAUGCCAAGUACACUGACUGGAGAAGUUACCUCAUGAAAAAACUGGUGGGAGCUAGGACCAUCCCAGUGGAUUUCCACAUAAAGAUGGCAGAGAGCAUGAAGUACCCAUUCCGGCAGGGCAUGCGGGUUGAGGUGGUGGAUAAGAACCAUGUGUCCCAGACACGUAUGGCAGUGGUGGACACAGUGAUUGGGGGCAGACUGAGACUCCUCUAUGAGGACAGUGACAGUGAUGAUGACUUCUGGUGCCACAUGUGGAGUCCCCUCAUCCAUCCUGUGGGCUGGUCAAGGAGAGUCGGCCAUGACAUAAAGAAGACAGAAGAAAAACGUAAUGACAUGGCAAACCAUCCCACCUUCCGGAAGAUUUACUGUGAUGCUGUGCCCUAUCUGUUUAAGAAGGUACGAGCUGUCUAUUCUGAAGGUGGAUGGUUUGAGCGAGGUAUGAAACUGGAAGCCAUCGACCCCCUGAAUCUGGGCAACAUCUGUGUGGCCACUGUUUGUAAGGUUCUCUUGGAUGGGUACCUCAUGAUCAGCAUUGAUGGAGCAACGUCUGAUGAUGGCUCUGACUGGUUCUGCUAUCAUGCCUCCUCGCACGCCAUCUUCCCUGCCAACUUCUGUAAGAGGAACAACAUUGAAUUGACCCCUCCAAAAGGGCAUGAAGCAAAGACAUUCAGCUGGGAACGUUACCUGGAAGAGACCAAAUCAAGACCUGCUCCAUCACGGCUCUUCAACACAGACUGUCCCAACCAUGGCUUCAAGGCAGGCAUGAAGGUGGAGGCAGUGGACCUGAUGGAACCCCGGCUCAUCUGUGUGGCCACGGUGAAGCGUGUAGUCCAGCGUCUCCUUAGCAUCCAUUUUGAUGGCUGGGACAACGAGUAUGACCAGUGGGUGGACUGCGAGUCUCCAGACAUUUAUCCUGUGGGGUGGUGUGAGCUGACAGGCUACCAGCUUCAACCACCAGUGACUCCAGAGCCCACAACUCCAGCGAAGGCCAAGGAGGUGCCCAAGAAGAGGAAGAAACCCUAUGGAAAGAAGAGAAAAAAGUUACCUGCCAAAGCCCGCAGUGUCAAGCAGACUGUCAAGAAGCCUUCUGCCAUGAAUUCAAAACGAGAAGCAAAAGCUGCCAGCCAGACUUUGCCAGAGCCAGCACCUGAUGAGAUCAUUGCUGUGCGGGUGAAAGAAGAAACCAUUGACCCUUCAGAUGCAGAAUUUGGAGAGACAGAGCUUCCCGUUCCCAUCAGCAGCAUAAAGCAGGAGGACACAGACUGAUCUGGAGCAUUCUGCAGCUUUCCACAACAGCUUUACCCUGUGGCUCUUUAGGGAAGGUCUUGGCAAAGGGAAACAGAGGACAAAAAAAAGGGCCUUCCUUUUUUAAAGCAGGCCACCCUGUGGCAUCGCAACUCUGCUCUCCUGCUGUGCAAGAAAAUUUCCCCCAGACAUGUAAUAUUAAGCCCUAGGAAACAGCAAAAAGACUGCAGGCAUGCUGCGGAGCAUGACCAGGGUGGUAGUUGUGCAUGCCUGAUUUUAAAGGCACUUUUUGGAUCAGGAACUCGAAACAGGGAAAGAGGCUGCUAGAGCACAAAAGGCUAAUUUGGGUUCUUAGCUUUGGCUGGAGGGGACAAGCUGCCGUCGACAUGAUGAGUGCAGGACACAUCAGGAAAGGAGCUGCCCCUGUAGGACUUCGGUGCUGUGCUCUCUGGUCUAAGUGCUGUGACCCCCAAGAAAAUCAGGACAGGAAGAGUGGAGAGAGGUGGAGAAACAAAAAGAGAUGAUGAUGCCUGCUGAAGAAAUGAGACCUUUUUUCAUAAAAUCAUAGAAUGGUUUGGGUUGGAAGAGGACCAUAAACAUCUCAAGGAGCUCAUCUAGUUUCAAUACCCCUGCUGUGGGCAGGGACACCUUCCCCUAGACCAGGUUGCCCAGAGUCCCAUCCGACCUGGCCUUGAAUACUUCCAGGGAUGAAGAAUCCACAACUUUUCUGGGCAACCUGUUCCAGUGCAUCACCACCCUCACAGUAAAGAAUUUUCUCCUAAUACAUAAUCUAAAACUACUGUCUUUCAGUUUGAACCCAUUCCUCCUUGUGCUGUCACCAUGUGCUCUGGUAGAUGGUCUUGUCUCAUUUGCAAUUGCCUGUAUGGUCCCUUCAGGUAUCAGGAGACUCUAGUUAGGUUACCGUGAAGCCUUCUCUUUUCUAGAGUGAACAAUCCCAAUUCUAUCAGCAUUUCCUCAUAGGAGAGGUGCUCCAUCCCUUUAAUCAUUUUGGUGGCUUCCUCUGGACUUGUUCCAACAGGUCUGUCCUUUUUUGUGCAGAAGACCCCAGAGCUGGAUGCAGCACUGCAGGUGGGGGUCUCACCAGAUCUGAGGGGGAGAAUCCCCUCCCUCAUUCUGCUGGCCAUGCUGCUUUUGAUGCUUUCACUCAUCUCUUGAUGCUUGAUUGUCUUUCUGUGCUGUGAGUGCAGAUUGCUGGAUCAUGUCCAGCCUCUCAUCCACCUGUAUCCCCAAGUCCUUGGCAGGACUGCUAUUGAGCCCUUCAUCCCCCAGCUUGUGUUGAUACCGGGGUUGUCCCAACCCAGGUGCAGCACCUUGCACUCAGUCUCAUUAAACCUCUUGAGAUUUCCGUGUGCUCACUUUUGAGUCUGUUCAGAUCCCUAUGGCUGGCAUCCCAUCCUUCAGGUGAAUGAAGAGCACCAAUCAGCUUGGUGCUAUCUCCAAACUUGCUAAGGGUGCACCUGAUGCUCUUGUGUGUGUCAGUAAUGAAGACAUUAAAAAGCACUGGUCCCAGUACAGACCCCUGAGGGACACUGGUCACUGAUGCCCACUGGGACCCUCUGCAGGCAACCAUCAAAACAAUUCCUAAUCCACCAAACAGUCCACCCAUGGAAUCCAUCACUCCAGUUGGGAGGGAAUAGUUGUGGGGGACUGUGUCAAAAGAUUUACAGAAGUCCACCUGGCUCAAGAAGCUAUCUUCCAUGCAGGAGUCUCCUGGAUUGCCUGCAGUUUACUGUGGUACUUUCCCAGUAGAUGUCAAAGUGACUGAAGUCCCCCACCAGGACUGGAGCCUGUGAGCACGAUGCCUCCUCUAACUGGGGCAAGAAGGCUUCGUCAAUAGGCUCCCCUUGGUCAGGCAGCUGUAGCGGACCCCGGCCGCAAGGUUCCUUUUGUUGCCUCAGUGUCUGAUUUUUACCCACAGUCUUUCAAGCUGCUCAUGGCUGUUCUUCAGAGACAGCUCUUCACACUCAAAGCACCUCUUGACAUAGAGGGCAGCCCCUCCACCUCUCCCUCCUUUGUGUCUCUUCUGAACAGCUCAUAGCCAUUGAUAGUCACGCUCCAGUCACACAAUUUGUCCCACCAAGUUUCAGUAAUGGCAACAGGAUCAUAACUUUCCAGCAGCACGGUGGCAUCCAGCCCCUCCUUGGUUUGUUGCCCAUUCUGUGUGCUUCGGUGUAAAGGCACCUUGGUCAGGCUGUUGGCUGCAUCACCUUCCCAGAGGAACAUGGACCAUCCCAGGGACAUGCUACUGUUCCCAGAGGAACAGCCCUUAAUUCCUUUGAGAUAUUUCCCUGCUGGUAUGCCUGUUGGCUUUCCCUGCUGGUAUGCCUGUUGGCUUCUUUUACCUCAGGAGUCCCUGGCUCACCUCUGUAAGACUCCCGAGUGUGCUCCCCUGUAUCUGCUACCUGUUCAAGUCACCUGCAGAGGGACUCACUACCACCCUGUCCUUCUAACCUUUUCAUACCAUCCCACAGCUUUCCAUGGAAGAACCUGAAAUUGUCCCACUCACAUCUGGUUUAAUCAAGCAAUUGGAUUACCCAAGAAGGAGUUUAGGAGGAUUCACCCACAGCCAUAAACACCUUCGGUGGUAGCUCUUUGAUGCUUACUGUGAGAGACAUCUUUCAAGGAACAUCUUUCACUGCACUGAUUGGUGUAAUGUACUACCCAGAGGAAGCCACGGGAUUUUGGACCUCACCUACACAGAGUUCUUUAGUUUAAGGCCCAUCUCAGCAAACCAGGCAGGCUGCUGCCAGAUUCUUUUACCCUUUAUAGACAGGUGGAUCCCAUCCAUCUAACAUGUUACAAUCAUUAAAGCACACACCAUUGUCACAAAAGCCAAGACCUUCUCCAUGGCACCGGCCUCAAAACCAGAUAUUCAUCUGUACUAUGUGUCUGCUUCUGUAAUUUCUUGCUUUUGAACCCAGUAUUGCAGAGGACUUGGAGUAUGGUUUCAGUUUUUAAUUUUUUUAACAGUUGUACUGUAAAUUUGGUCUACGAUCAGUACCCUAAAGCCCUGUGACCAACUUCAGGAAGAGGCUCAUGGCUUGCAUAUUGCUUUCCAGGCCACCAAAAUCCAGAGUUAGUCAAAAUGUAUCUUUAUCUGUAAAUAUAUCUUUCAGAGCCUUUUCAAUUUAAGCAAACUUCUGGGGUCCCAACCUAUGCAGUCAUGGGGACUGUUGAGCACAUUGAGUUGAUUGAAUGUUGAGCACAUUGGUUAUCAUGGGGUCACUUACGGAUCAUUGAUUGAAUUCUGCAGGAAAUAAAAAGGCUUCCAUGCGCAUAUGUUUUAA